AUGGAAAGAAAGCAAAAAUAUGCAAGAGCAGCAGAUGAUAUUGAUGGAUAUGGAAAUGACAUGGUUCUAUAUGAAAAUCAAACUCUCGAUUGGAAUGACCGAAUAUAUCUCAAAGUCCAUCCAGAAAAUGACCGAAAGCUCAAGUAUUGGCCCGAAAAUCCCAAGUCAUUUAGGUAUUUCUGGAAAUUUAGAAGAAUAUACCAGCAGAUCAAAACUGAUAGCGGAAGAGCUCCUCAAGUACAUGGCAAGGUGUUUGAACUUACCGAUGAUCGAUUUCUGAAACAAUAUGGAGACAGGCCAAUGGAACGGCCAUUACCAUUCUCCUACAAUAAAGAAGUUGAAGGCCUUCAAGUACUGAAAGACAAUAAAUGGUACCGAGUUCCCAUCAUGCCUUAUGCUCUUCUUGUCAUUGUUGGUGAUCAAGUAGAGAUAAUGAGUAACGGACUUCUUAAGAGCCCCGUGCACAGAGCUGUGACAAACUCAGAGAAAGAAAGGAUCACUGUGGCUAUGUUCUGUAGCCCAGAAUCCGGGAUUGACAUCGAGCCUGUUGAGGAGCUCAUAGAUGAUAAAAGGCCACGAUUAUACAAAGACAGCGAAGGAUUAUCUUGCAACUUACUUCAAUACUACCAGCAAGGAAAGAGACCAAUUGAUGUUGUGAAAAUCUAA